CCUCUCUGAACAGUCACUGGGCCGAGUCGUAGAGGAAGACAAACAUACACGCGCUGAAACAUGUGGCCAGAGAUGAGAAACAACAACAGCUCUCUUCAAGAAGAACCGCAGGACCACAACCUCACACAGAUCAUUUCUCCAGUAUCUUCGUGGCUUCCCUCCCACUCUGAUAGAAAUGGCUCAAUAACUACUCAUCCACCCCCACUUGCCGAGACCCCUAUUUACAGAGGGAAUGGAAUCAUACCAGGUGCAAUAGCUGCAGCAGUAUUCAUAGGCUUUCUAUUAGCCCUAUAUGCAGUUCUUUGGAAAUGCAUGGGUACACAACCUAAAAGGAGGAAAAAAAGAACAAGUUUGAAAGUUCGUGAACAGAGGUCUUUUAAGUGUUGACCUCAGGUAAGGAAGUCUUCCUGGCCAGCAGAGUCUUAAACUGAUUUAGGUCAGAAAUUCACCUGCAGUGUAUUAGCACACUUACACACCGUGUUUGAUCUUAUUACGUACACUGGUUUAAGUAACGGACCAUUUCAUGGAUAAUGGACCAGGAUGCCUCUUCUAUAGAGUUCUACAUAAUCAUCAGAAAAUCUAAAAAGUCAUCCAUCAGGUUCUUUGUCUGUCUGCUUAGCUGAUCAGCACAUAUUGUCCAUGUUUUGCAAUGGUCAUGGAUGAAGUGGGAAUAAAGGAAUCUUUGCAAAUAUUCAGUGUAUAUAAAGGAAACAACAAACCAAAAGAUAUGCUCUUGUGGUAUGUAUGGUUAGAUUACUUGCUUAUGGUGUAUUAAGGAUGCAUAAAAAUAGCAAAAAGCUUAAUGUCCACUAGAUGGCAGAGGGAUCUAUAUUCUUUCCUUGGUGAAACAUGAUCGCCCAAGAUGUCCAGUCUAGUCUUUGUAGGCUUAUGUCUUUAUAUUGUUUAAAAUAUGGGGACAUUUAUUUUAUCAUUGUUAGCUAUGCUAAUGAAUGUAUGACCUUUAUCAUAAAUUCUAUGAGACUUGGCCCUUGUUGUUUUCCAAACAUCCCCUUUGACCAUAGUGAACUCUGCACCAGUGAGGUGAGUGAGUUCUUGCGUGCAAUUUCCUAUACUCAGCAGUAUUGACAACAGAGCAGCAGAAGUCUGGGUUAAAGUUUCAAUGUCUUUGUCUACGUGUGAAUGAAUGUGAGAUAGGGUGUUGCAGAUUGCUGGUUUCUAUUGCAGGUGGGGUUUUUUGGCCUACUGUACUUUCUGUGCAACUUUUGAUUUGAAUGUUAAAGGAAUAGUUCACCCAUUCUGUCUUUCAACAUUUACCAAGACUGUAUGACUUUCUUUCUUGUGUAGAACACAAAAGGAGAUGCUGGGCUGAACGUUAGCCACAGUCCCCAUUCACUUUCAUUGUUUGGAAAGAUGCAAUGAAAAUCAAUGGUGACUGAUGCUAACAUUCUGCUUAAGAUCUCCUUUUGUGUUCCACAGAAGCAAGAAUGUCAAGUUUGGAACAACAUGAGGUUGAUGUCAAUAUUUUAGGUGAACUUUCUCUUUAUAUAUUAAAUUCCUUUUUGUCACUGUAUACUUUUUCGUUUUCAUGGCACAAAUGUUUGAUAUGUUAUGAAUUGUAGCAUGCUACUAUCAAUGACGGCAAAUGUGAACGGUGACUUUGUCACAUUGUACAAGCACAACAGUUGUUUUAAUGGUAGAUUUAUCAAUUUUUGUAGCUUUAAAACUUGCUAGAUAAUUUUAUAUUCAUGUGAGGUCAUAAUAAGUGUACUUAAUAGUACUGUUUAUUUCAUCCUCAUAAUUGUCUGCAUAAGAAAUAAAAGAACAUUUCACUUAAAGUGUCCUUUGCCAAUUUGUACAUUGCUUGAAUGUAUUGCAGUUCUGCUGAUAAAUUGUUUACUCCAAUAAAUAUAUAGCUUGCUUUUCACAUAGUAUUAACAUUAUUGCCUUAAAAAUGGGAUUGCUUACACAUGUACAGUAAUUUCAUUGGUAACUUUUUACAGACUGAAGAUGAAUUUCCGCCUUAAUAUACCAGUGUAAAUCUUGCAAAACGUUUUUUUCAAUGUUUCAAUUAUUUAAUGUAUUUUAUUUCACUAUACUUUGUCUUGUAAUACCCUACUAUUUAUUUAGUUAGUUAUUUUUUAAGUUAACUGUUGCAGUGAUGUUUCAAAUACAGCUGCUGAGGGAGUGACAGUAAAUUUGGCAUCUUUUCUCUCUUCUGACACUUCUCGCAAAAGGGCGUAUAUGAACACCCGAAUAUAUGCACCCACUUCUGGAAGUGUGAAAAGGGUCCAUAAACUAUUUGUAAAAGUAGUAACAAACUACAAUACUUCAGGUAAUAGGUGAACCCAGAAGUCUAAUUCUGCAUUGUUUCCCUCUAGAUUUUCCUAUGGGUUUUUAUAAUGGGGU